AUGGCGUGGUUUAGCGGGAAAGUCUCUCUGGGGAACUUCCCGGAUUUUACAGAGGCGGUGAAUAAACUGAGCGAGAGCGUUAAGAACAUUGAGAAGAACUUCGACAGCGCCCUUGGUCUGGAGGAGAAAUCCGAGGCCAGUGGUGAUGGGGGUGAAGGAUCAGGACCAUGGACUUCAGCUACAGAUGGCAAUGCACAGUUUGAACCUUUUACUGGGUCUAUGGGGCAGAAGGGUGAGCAAGGUGCUGUGGAAUCAUCAUCCCAAAUGUCUGAUUCCUCAAAGUCUACAUCCGCCAUCGAGCGCAAAGACCAGGACAGUGCUGUUGAAUCAUCAGAAAAUCCUGAUUUCUCAAAGCCUGCAUCAUCUGAUAGUGUAAAACAAGGGGAGAAUGAAAACUUAGCUAAACAAACAAGUGAACAAACUCCCCAUGGAAGUGAAGCAAAUGAAGAAUUAAGAUUUUCGGAGGUAGAAACUGCAUUUGCAGAGAAAGUAAAGGAAACUAAUGAGGAGCCUGGAGACAACACCACUGCAGAUGGCUCUAAAGCUGAGGUGGUUGAUGGAGGAUCUGGAGAGAAAAUAGAGAAUACUAGUGAGGACCCAAAAGAUAAUGUUACUGCCGACACCUCUGAAGCUGAGGCGACAGAUGUAGGAGCUGGUGAUAAAACUAAAGAUACUAGUGAGGAUCCGGAAGAAAGUGAUAAGGAAGAUCGUGAAGCGGAGGUGGUUUCAUCUGUGGAAGUACCUGAACAAAAACCUGAAAAGGAUGAGCAAGGAGAAUUUGAACACAAUAUUGAAAAGGAGAGGUUAGAAGAAUCAUUUCCUAAUUCUUUGGAGCCUGUACAUCCUGAGUCUGCCAAAAAUCUCGAAAAUGAAGAGAGUUUUAAAGAGAUAUCUCCUGCAUUGGUAGAUCCUGAACAAGCAGAAUCAACUAGUUCUGUAGGUAAAAUUGAAGACAUAACUUCUGUGUCUACCACAAAUGAUGAUACUGGCAUUCUGGAGAGCGAUAAUGAUAAAAAUACUGAAAAAGAGGAUGUAAAUAAAGUUCUUGCAGCUCAAGCUCUGGAUAUGUCAUCUGAAGACCCAACUAAAAGCAGAGAAUCAUCUGCUUCAGAUACUACUGCAAAUGUUGCCAAUGUCGAAGAUAAUACUUUGGACAUGUCACAUGUAUUACAAUAUAGUGAUUCAGAGGCUGCAAAAACAGCCCUGGAUCUGGUUAAACCUCUCAAUGAUGCUGUUUCUAAAGCCAUUGAGCUGAAUCAGCAUUUGGAGAAAGAUGCUAUCUUGAAUGAAAAGCAUUCAAGUACUAUAGGAGAUUCAUCUGAUAGUGUGGAUUCUUUGGCUGAGCUUGAAAAGGUGAAGAAGGAAAUGAAAAUGAUGGAAGCUGCAUUACAUGGAGCCGCCAGGCAAGCACAGGCCAAAGCUGAUGAGAUUGCAAAGCUGAUGAAUGAAAACGAGGAGUUAAAAGCAGUAAUAAUUGAUUUGAGGAGAAAAACAAGUGAAGUUGACAUUGAAUUCCUAAGAGAGGAGUAUCAUCAAAGGUUAUCAGCUCUCGAGAGAAAGAUUUAUGCUCUGACAAAAGAGAGAGAUACAUUACGGAGAGAACAAAAUAAGAGAAGUGAUGCUGCAGCUCUUCUGAAGGAGAAAGAUGAAAUAAUCACUCAAGUGAUGGCUGAAGGUGAAGAGCUGUCAAAAAAGCAGGCUGCUCAGGAAUCACAUAUCAGAAAGCUGAGGGCACAGGUUAGAGAGCUAGAGGAAGAGAAGAAAGGAUUUCUUACCAAGAUACAGGUUGAAGAGAAUAAAGUGGAGAGCAUAAAAAAAGACAAGGCAGCAACUGAACAGUUGCUCCAAGAAACUAUAGAGAAACACCAAGCUGAACUUGCAACUCAGAAAGAAUACUACACAAAGGCUCUGAAUGCUGCAAAGGAAGCUGAAGCAUUUGCAGAGGCUAGAGCGAACAGUGAAGCUAGAACUGAAAUAGAAAGUCGUCUAAGAGAGACUGAGGACCGUGAAAGCAUGCUUAUUCAAACCCUCGAAGAAUUACGGCAAACACUAAGCAGAAGGGAGCAGCAGGCAGCUUUUAGAGAAGAUAUGCUCUGCAAAGACAUUGAGGAUCUUCAAAAGAGAUAUCAAGCAAGCGAGCGUAGGUGUGAGGAGUUAGUAAUGCAAGUUCCUGAGUCUACAAGGCCUCUAUUACGGCAGAUUGAAGCAAUGCAGGAAACAGCAUCCCGAAGGGCUGAAGGUUGGGCUGCUGUGGAAAGAUCACUUAACUCUAGGCUACAGGAAGCUGAGGCCAGAGCAGCAGCUUCAGAGGAAAAAGAGCGUUCUGUGAACGAGCGAUUAAGCCAAACUUUGUCCAGGAUAAAUGUUCUGGAAGCUCAGAUAUCAUGCCUCAGAGCUGAACAGACACAGCUAACGAGAUCUCUUGAAAAGGAGAGGCAGAAGGCUGCAGAACACAGGCAGGAAUAUCUUGCUCUGAAAGAGGUAGCUGACACUCAUGAAAGUCAUGCGAGACAAUUAGAAGAUGAAAUUAAGGAAAUCAAGAAGAAACACAAGGAGGAAUUACAUGAAUUACGGACUCAUCAAGAGCUUCUGCAACAGGAAAUAGAGCGAGAAAAAGCUGCUCGUUUUGAUCAGGAAAGGUCUUCCCACCUCUCUGUUAAUAUAUCCGAUCAAAGCCCCAGAGCAAGGCAAAAAUCAGCUGCAUUUGAAAACAGUAACUUGCCACGCCGAACUUCAAGUGCAUGCAGCCUGAACAGUAUGGAAGAAAGCUAUCUUCUGCAGACUACUUUGGGCUCUCCUGGAAGUUAUUCCGAAAACCGGAUAUUUGGAGAGGGUGCUUCAAGUCCGUAUUACAUGAGGAGCCUAACAUCAAGUGCUUUUGAAGCUUCUCUCCGGCAAAAGGAGGGGGAGAUUGCAUCUUAUGCAUCUAGAUUGGCUUCUAUGGAAUCCAUUCGCGACUCUCUUGCAGAGGAGUUAGUUAAAUUGACUGCACAGUGUGAAAAGUUACGGAUCGAAGCUGCUACACUUCCUAAAAUACGGGCAGAGUUAGAUGCACUUAGACGGAGGCACUCUGCUGCACUGGAGUUGAUGGGGGAACGCGAUGAAGAGUUGGAAGAACUUCGAGCUGAUAUUGUUGAUCUAAAGGAGAUGUACAGAGAGCAAGUGAACCUACUCGUGAAUAAGAUCCAAAGACUCAGUUCAUCCAUGGCUGCUGCAUGAUAGCGCCAUCAAUCACGAAAGUUUCACAGAUUGCCAUUUUGACAACACAAAUUCGCCUAGGGAGCUUCACCCGGUAAUUAUACAUUCAACUUAUGCAAAUUGAUUCCGUAAUAUAUUUCCCAUUCUACAAAUGGUAUAUAUAUAUAUAUAUAGCGCAGCCUUCUAUGCCUUAGCAUAAGCUUUUGUGAAAUAUCAUUUUACAUCAAAUAUAUAUUUU